UGUAGUGUCUGUGAACGUUGCGUGCGUGUGCGCGGUCCGUGUGUAGUGUUCAUUAAUCACAAACGAUAUUGUUAUCAGAACGAUAUGGUAGUGCAAAGUUCGACUGUUUCGUCGAGGUUAUCGUGAAAUAAAAAUUGAAAGAUAAAACCGAUGUGAAUUACUAAGAGUGUGGUCCUUUCCUUAAGUCAUAUUAUUACAUCGUAAUCGUCCGAAAACGAUCGCGACCGUCUGUGUCGAGUGUUGUUGGUGUGUUUGCCGAUUGGUGAAAAUGGUAAAUUAAUAUAAAUUCGCGAGUUCAGUGCCCGUGAUAUAGUGUCGAAAUCCUCCGUCGUCGGUAGUUGCUCAAUUUCUUUUUGUUAUUAUCGUUAUGUUUGAUUAUUAUUGUUGUUAUUAUUAUUAUUGUGACGAGGUGAAACGAUACGUGUUAGGCGUCUGCAAAUUUUGAUCGUACCACCGGUGGUAAUAUAUUACAUUUAAUUUGUGCGUAUGAAUGAAUUGCAAUACAUUUCCCGGAAACAAAUAUGACAACUCGCUGUCUACUAGCUUUAGGAGUUGUGCAACUUAAGUGGAAGUCGCAAAGGUGGCAAUCAUAAAUAAAGUGUAUCUGUCAGUUUUCGCAAAUGACACCGCAAACGCAUCGGACAGCACCGACAACGCGACUGGUGCGAAUAAGACUUUGAGGGGCCUCGAGCCCCUGUGGGAUGGACUGCCGUGGUGACGAGCUCAUCCAACACAAUAACAGAACGGCGGCACAAGCUGUGCCUUUUCAAUACCUCAUCAACGAACAGGCAAAGUCUAUUCUCGCUCUACAGGAAUUACAGAAUGAGGUCGGCGCGCUGUUGGAGUUUAGGGACCUGGUCAUGGACACGUUCCCGCACCUGCGUCACAAGCAGGCGUCCAGCCCGGAGCCGAGCUCCGGGUCGCAGGGCGUCGGUUCCGGGGAGAGCCGCUGGGAACCCGGGGUGCGGGUCCGCCGGAAGUUGCAGGGCCCCUCGUCCGGAUGGAUUGCCGGCGGCGGCGGCGGGGGCGGCGGGUCCGGUGGCGUCGGACUGGUGGCCGCGGCCGGGGCGGCACCGCGCGGUAAGACAGCAGCCCACGAGGAAGGGGAAAAGCGGCGAAUAUGGCGGCCACUUCGUCGGGUGGGCACCGUCCGGGACAGCGGCUUCUGCACGGAAAAACAAACGCGCUCGACCAGGUUCGCGGACGACGUGACCCAAGAACGCAGCGACACGGCCGACGACGAGCUGUGGGCCUGCUGGAGAGCAUCGGACAAGGGCCGCAAGCUCAAGCUGGAUGGGUCGCUGCAGAACCGACUGCUGGUGGACGACGGCGGAGCGUCGGCGCCGAGCGCCGGUUCGGUGCCGCCGUGCCGGGUGGACGACACCAGCCAGGGCCGCGCACGAGCGACGACGCGCGCCGCCGCCGCCGCCGAUUACGACGUGUUCGGGCGCACGGUGUCGGACGUGCGCGAACAGGACGCGCGGCUGCUCGACGGGUCACCAAAGGCGGUAGACCUGUCGGCGCAGCGCAUGCGGAUCCACCGGCGCUCGCCGACUCAGGCCGUCGUGUGCGAGAACAGGGAACUCGAAGAACGGCUGUGCGGCGGCAAGUCGCCGUCGGCCGCCGCCGCCAUAGCCGCCGCGACGAUCGCGUCGAGGAAAUCGUCAUCUAGUCAUAACGGCGGCGGCUUCGCCCCGGUCCAGCCCGAAUCGUCGACGGGGCCCAGCUCGUCGUCGGCCGGCCGCGACGCGUUCUACACGCCCAGCCAGCAUUCGGCCUGCAACCUGUCUUCCAUCGAACUGCAGUGCGGCCAACUGCGCGACGGUUCGUCGUCGUCCGCGUCCUGCGCGUCGUUGUCUUCGUCGUCGUCCGCCGUCGUCGACGACGACCGGGAUCGGGACCGUCACCGGUCCAGGAGAGUCCUGCUGGUCCGGCCGUCCGACCCGAUUUCCCGGAACCUGGAGGGCCGCGCUCAGUCGCCGGCGGCGUUGGACACGGGGUCGCCCACGUUCGCCAAGCGGUUGGGCGCCCUGGACGGCGUCGUCAGCAGUCCCGGCGACAGGAUUGACAAGCCGCACGCGCCGGGAUUCGGCACGCCGUUGCCCAAACAAACGCUGGCCGCCAUACUCAAAACGUUCAAUCCCAUCGAACUCCAGCGUCACCUCAUCACCUUGUCCUACGAGAACAAGAAUCUCGUCCGUCAAAUGGAGAUGUUAAACAUUUCGAAGAACAGCGUUUCCAACGAGUUGAACAAGAGCAGAGAGGACAAUGAAGAACUGAAAUUCCAACUGGAGGAGAAGCGCAUCGAGUUGGAAGGUACCAUGGCCCGGGUGAGGUUGUUGCAGUUGCACCAGGAACAGCAGCAACACGGUCCCGUCGUCGCCGGAUCGCAGUUGGCCGGCACCACAGCCGCCACCACCGCAGCCAACAACCAGUGGCUGGACUUGGUGCCAUCGAAUCCGAUUUUACCUCAGAUCGCAUUGCCGGGAACACCGUCGGCAAUGGUCUCCACACUGCACACGAACAACAACCACCUGCAACAGCACCAACACCACAACAACCACCACCUCAACCACAGUCAGGACGAGAACGGCGGCAGCAGCAGCACCGAGUCGGCGCAUCAGACCCGCGGCGGCAGACAUGGUACGCAACAUCAGCCCAGCAAGAUACCGGUGGUCAAGUCGUGCCCGGUGCAGCCGAGGCCGACGUCGUCGCACCGUGGCGGUGACGCACAACAGUGCCAGUCGUGGACCAAGUGCAAGUCGGACCAAUCGUUGCCGCGCAACUGGGAGUCCAUCAACAACAAGAGCAACGGCGGCUCGUCCAUCGGAAGUGGCGUCGGCGGCAGCAGUGGCGGCGUCAAACAGCGCGGUAACAAAUCCGCGGACUCGUCACAAAAUCACCACCUCCAGCAGCACAGGUCCCGAAGGGAUUCGGCCGGUGGCGGAACCUCCCUGACGCGAGCCAGAUCGCAAAACAAUUACGCGCACCAGCGCGGCGGUUCGUCGGUGGCGGGCGGCGCGACCAAAGACUUCAACAGGACCGCGGCGGCGGCGGGUCAUCAGCUGCAGCAGCUGCAACAGCCGGCGGCCGACGAUACCAACAAGCCCGCUGCCAAGAAACUCUUUCGACGCCGUAACCUCGUACGGCAGAGCCGUGGCUUGAUGGAAGCCUGCAAGAAGCCUGUCCUGCCGGCUGUCGACGAAGUACAAGAGCCCCCGGACUCCAUGGCCGUCCGACUUCGCGACUUAGACGACGGGGACGACGACGAGUUUUUCUUCGACAGCAUCGAAAGUAGUUUGGCCACGAGCGCCUGCAGCUCCAGACCACCGCCGCCCGAAUGCGAUUCCAUCGAUCUAUCGCAACCCGACUCGUCGUUGACAGCCUCUUGACAGAUGACGGUCUUCCGUCAUAAUAGUAGUAUAAUUAUUAUUUAUACUUAAAAAAUAUACACUUUGCCUAUACGACGACGAAAUAGAAAGAAAAAAAUGUUG